CAAAGUCAUGAUGGUCAUGGUACAGCUGGUUUACUUUAGUAAAAGUAGAAUUUUUUAAUGAGAAAAAUGCUGGCGAUGUAAUUUGAUACAAAUACCAAAUGUGGAAGUGUAUAAAAAAUAAUUUAAAGGCUGUCAUUUACGAAAGCUAACAAUUAACCUAAAAGUGUAAAUUUAAUUGUAUAAAUAAACAUUUGAAUUCAAACAAGUUAACAGCAGACAAAAUGCAAAAUCCAAAUGAAGAUACCGAGUGGAAUGACAUCCUCAGGUCGAAGGGAAUUAUCCCAGAGAAACCAAAAGAGAAGGAAAUUACUGAAGACCAGAUUAUUAAUCUGCUAGAAAAUACAAUCGAUCAAAGAACUGGUCGUGAAGUUACUAAGUUGGAUGACAAGAGUCUUGAUGAACUAGACGAGCUCGAAGACGAGGAAGAUGAAAAAGUUAUUGAGGAGUACCGACGAAAGAGGUUAGCUGAGAUGAAAGCACUGGUGUCUGAAUCAAAGUAUGGAGAAGUUAAGGAAAUAUCUGCUCAGGAUUAUGUCGCAGAAGUUAAUAAUGCUGGUGAGGACGUCUGGGUCGUCCUUCAUUUAUACAAAUCUGGGAUUCCACUGUGUACUUUGAUAAAUCAAUACUUGACAUCUUUAGCUAGAAAGUUUCCAGCAACUAAAUUUUUAAAAAGUAUCUCUACCACUUGUAUUCCUAACUGGCCUGAUAAAAAUUUACCUACGAUAUUUAUUUAUCAUAAUGGAGACAUGGUCAAACAAAUAAUCGGUCCGAUUGAACUCAGAGGAAUGAAACUGACAGAACCAGAAUUGGAAUGGAUGUUAGGUGAAGCCGUCCCGAGUAAAAUAAAAGAGGAUCCAAAGCCGAAAGUCCGCGAUGUACUUUUUUCAAAUUUACGUAUCAAUGCCGAUAAUACCAAUGAUUGGUGAUACAUUAAUUAAUAAAUAAAUUAAUUAACUUUAAUUAAAUUAAAUAAAUAAAUAAUUUAUUUAAAUAAACACUAACAUUUAUAAAUUUAUAUUUACCUGAAUUUUUAAAAAAUAAUUGAUAUUUUUUACUUGAUGUAUUAACGUUAAACAUUUUAUUUCAUUAAUUAAUAAAUUAAAAGUUUUAAUUACUUAA